AUGGGAAUUGUGAUGAUGUUAAUAAUGACUUUAAUGAUACAAAUUAAAGGUUUCUUCGAAUUGAUUGAUAUAGCUUAUCAAAUGUGUAAAAUGCACGAUUUACCAUGGUUUAGAUCACUAAGUUGGUACUUUUUAAUCGCGGCGAAUUAUUAUUUCUAUGGCGAAAAUAUCAUGGAACAUUUUUAUGUAUUUAUAGAAGACAUUCCGUCGAAGCAUGGCAAAAAGCAGUUUGCUUUGUUAGCUUGGACUCAUGUAGCUUUAUUGGUGAUUGUAACAUCUUCAUAUACAGCUAUGAGGAAUUGUUUUCAUGGUUUAAUUUGGUGCGUACACGGUUUGGUUAUUAUGGCUUUUAAUGAUAUUUUUGCGUACAUAUGUGGAAAAUUGUUGGGGAAAACUCCUUUAAUUAAAGUUUCACCGAAAAAAACUUGGGAAGGAUUUAUUGGUGGAGCGGUAUUUUCAAUAUUUCUUAGCUUUUUAAUCGCCAGCUUUUUAUGUCAAUACGAUUAUUUAGUAUGCCCGAUUGAAUAUCGAAAAAUUAAAGAAACUAUUACAUUAAUAAACACGUGCGAAAGAAGUUAUAUGUUUAAAUUAAAAGAUUAUUCGUUUGAAUUGGAAUUUUUAAAUAUUUCUUUAAAAACGACGAUAAGAGUUUAUCCCUUUGUUUUGCACGCGUUUUGGUUUGCGCUUUUUGGAAGUAUUAUUGCACCGUUUGGAGGAUUUUUCGCUUCUGGAUUUAAAAGAGCGUUUAAUGUAAAGGAUUUUGGUUGUGCCAUACCCGGGCAUGGAGGGAUUUUGGAUAGAUUUGACUGCCAAAUAUUUAUGACGAAUUUUAUUAAUGUUUAUAUAGCAACUUUUGUAAAAACGUCUACUGUGGAAGCAUUAUUUAAGAAAAUUUUAAAAUUAAAGUCGGAUGAUCAACUCGAAUUCUUUUGGAUACUUCAAGAGCAAUUACUAAAACACGGGGCUUAG